CAUUAUAAAAGAUUGUUAAAUAGAGAAACAAUGAUUUUAAAACUAAUAAGUACAUUAGUGUUGGUACUAGCUUCAGGUAUCGGUCAUACGAGUUCUACUCCUAUUGGGACAUCAGCAGCACCGUCAGAUGAUUGGGGAAACUUGUUUUUCGAAACCAUUAGUGCAGUACUCUCAGCGGAUCCUGCAACCUUCAUAAAUAAUGCUGCUGCUGACAUAACUAAGUUUGGAAUAGAGACAGCAAAAUCACUUACGCCAUCUGAUGAGUCAUUUCGACCAAAAGAGUUCUACACAGAGAGUGCAACUAAAUUAUCAGGAGGUUCAAAAGAGUGGUUGACUCAAGAUACUGCUGGGUUACGGACACCUACUAAUGAGAAAGUAAAGGUAGCCGUAAACGUACCUGGCCAGUUUUCAGCGUUUACUACGAAUGUAAAAUAUCCACUGACAACUGAUACUUUUAAAUCAUCGAUAUAUAAUAAAGAUUCGGUUAACUUGGCAGUGAAUACUCCUACUAAGCUGCCAGAAUUUAAAGCAGAAAUAAAUAAUCCGUUCACAUAUGCUGGAUUAUUGAGCCCAGCGAAUGAACAAGUAAGAUUAGCGACAAAUGCACCUGUUAGAUUACCAGGGCUUAGGACAGAUAUACAAUUUCAACCAACAACUGAUGCUGUUGGAGCAUCGCUGUAUACAAAUAAGCAAGUAAGUUUAGGGCUCAAUGCCACCGCCGGCUUACCACAAUUUGUGGGAGGAAUGAAAAAUCCGUUGAUACCGGAUGCUAUUGGAUUGUCUUCACCUGAGCAAAUAAGAUUUGGGAUGGAUACGGCUGUUAGACUGCCAGGGCUGCGGACAAAUAUAAAAUUUCAACCGACAACUGAUGCUAUUGGAGCAUUAUUGCAUACUAAUAAGCAUUUUAGUGUAGGGCUCAAUGCAACUACCAGAUUACCACAAUUUGUGGGAGGAAUAAAAAAUCCGUUGACAACGGAUGCUAUUGGACUGUCUUCACCUGAGCGAGUAAGAUUUGCGGUAAACACGCCUGUUAGACUACCAGGGCUUAGAACAGAUAUACAAUUUCAACCAACAACUGAUGCUGCUAGAGCAUCGCUGUAUACAAAGAAGCAAUCAAGUUUAGGGUUCAAUGCCACCGCCGGCUUACCACAAUUUGUGGGAGGAAUAAAAAAUCCGUUGAUACCGGAUACUAUUGGAUUGUCUUCACCUGAGCAAGUGAGAUUUGCGAUAAAUGCGCCUGUUAGAUUACCAGAGCUGAGGACAGAUAUACAAUUUCAACCUACAACUGAUGCUGUUAGAGCAUCAUUGCAUACUAAUAAGCAUUUUAGUGUAGGGCUCAAUGCCACCACCAUCUUACCACAAUUUGAGGGAGGAAUAAAAAAGCCGUUGAUACCGGAUGCUAUUAGAUUGUCUUCACCGGAGCAAGUAAAAAUUGCGAUAAAUGCGCCUGUUCAAUUUCCUGGGCUUACGGCAACUGCUAGAUUGACAAAUAUUGAAAAUACAUCGAAAAUUGAUGCUGGUACAGAUUUACACAGUAUGUUACAAUUAAAUGUUGACAGACCGAUGAAAUUAAAAACACAGACACAGGAUGUAUCGACACAUGUGACUGCUGGGCGGAUAGGAUUCACGACAGAAAUUACAAAUCCGUCAACAACUAAUGCUUCUAAAUCAUCGACAUCACUCGAGAAAUCAGAGAAUUCAACAAUAAAUAAAUCUGAACAGUCUUCAUUAGCUACAGAUGCACAAAGUAUGUUACAAUCAAAUGUUGACGGACCGAUGGAAUUAAAAACACAGACACAGGAUGUAUCGACACAUGUGACUGCUGGGCGGAUAGGAUUCACGACAGAAAUUACAAAUCCGUCAACAAUUAAUGCUUCUAAAUCAUCGAAAUCACUCGAGAAAUCAGCGAAUUCAACAAUAAAUAAAUCUUCUGAACAGUCUUCAUUAGCUACAGAUGCACAAAGUAUGAUACAAUCAAAUGUUACUGGACCGUUGGAAUUAAAAACACAGACACAGGAUGUAUCGGCAAAUAUGACUGCUGGGCGGAUAGGAUUCACGACAGAAAUUACAAAUCCGUCAACAAUUAAUGCUUCUAAAUCAUCGACAUCAAUCGAGAAAUCAGCGAAUACAACAAUAAAUAAAUCUUUUGAACAGUCUUCAUUAGCUACAGAUGCACAAAGUAUGUUACAAUCAAAUGUUACUGGACCGAUGGAAUUAAAAACACAGGCACAGGAUGUAUCGGCAAAUAUGACUGCUGGGCGGAUAGGAUUCACGACAGAAAUUACAAAUCCGUCAACAAUUAAUGCUUCUAAAUCAUCGACAUCAAUCGAGAAAUCAGCGAAUACAACAAUAAAUAAAUCUUUUGAACAGUCUUCAUUAGCUACAGAUGCACAAAGUAUGUUACAAUCAAAUGUUACUGGACCGAUGGAAUUAAAAACACAGGCACAGGAUGUAUCGGCAAAUAUGACUGCUGGGCGGAUAGGAUUCACGACAGAAAUUACAAAUCCGUCAACAAUUAAUGCUUCUAAAUCAUCGACAUCAAUCGAGAAAUCAGCGAAUACAACAAUAAAUAAAUCUUUUGAACAGUCUUCAUUAGCUACAGAUGCACAAAGUAUGUUACAAUCAAAUGUUACUGGACCGAUGGAAUUAAAAACACAGGCACAGGAUGUAUCGGCAAAUAUGACUGCUGGGCGGAUAGGAUUCACGACAGAAAUUACAAAUCCGUCAACAAUUAAUGCUUCUAAAUCAUCGACAUCAAUCGAGAAAUCAGCGAAUUCAACAAUAAAUAAAUCUUCUGAACAGUCUUCAUUAGCUACAGAUGCACAAAGUAUGUUACAAUCAAAUGUUACUGGACCCGUGGAAUUAAAAACACAGGCACAGGAUGUAUCGGCAAAUAUGACUGCUGGGCGGAUAGGAUUCACGACAGAAAUUACAAAUCCGUCAACAAUUAAUGCUUCUAAAUCAUCGACAUCAAUCGAGAAAUCAGCGAAUACAACAAUAAAUAAAUCUUUUGAACAGUCUUCAUUAGCUACAGAUGCACAAAGUAUGUUACAAUCAAAUGUUACUGGACCGAUGGAAUUAAAAACACAGGCACAGGAUGUAUCGGCAAAUAUGACUGCUGGGCGGAUAGGAUUCACGACAGAAAUUACAAAUCCGUCAACAAUUAAUGCUUCUAAAUCAUCGACAUCAAUCGAGAAAUCAGCGAAUACAACAAUAAAUAAAUCUUUUGAACAGUCUUCAUUAGCUACAGAUGCACAAAGUAUGUUACAAUCAAAUGUUACUGGACCGAUGGAAUUAAAAACACAGGCACAGGAUGUAUCGGCAAAUAUGACUGCUGGGCGGAUAGGAUUCACGACAGAAAUUACAAAUCCGUCAACAAUUAAUGCUUCUAAAUCAUCGACAUCAAUCGAGAAAUCAGCGAAUACAACAAUAAAUAAAUCUUUUGAACAGUCUUCAUUAGCUACAGAUGCACAAAGUAUGUUACAAUCAAAUGUUACUGGACCGAUGGAAUUAAAAACACAGGCACAGGAUGUAUCGGCAAAUAUGACUGCUGGGCGGAUAGGAUUCACGACAGAAAUUACAAAUCCGUCAACAAUUAAUGCUUCUAAAUCAUCGACAUCAAUCGAGAAAUCAGCGAAUACAACAAUAAAUAAAUCUUUUGAACAGUCUUCAUUAGCUACAGAUGCACAAAGUAUGUUACAAUCAAAUGUUACUGGACCGAUGGAAUUAAAAACACAGGCACAGGAUGUAUCGGCAAAUAUGACUGCUGGGCGGAUAGGAUUCACGACAGAAAUUACAAAUCCGUCAACAAUUAAUGCUUCUAAAUCAUCGACAUCAAUCGAGAAAUCAGCGAAUUCAACAAUAAAUAAAUCUUUUGAACAGUCUUCAUUAGCUACAGAUGCACAAAAACAAACAAACAUCGACGGAGUCAAGAAAAAUCACGUUCGCUUUUCAGAGCCAACUAAAGAUCCGAUUAAAUUGCACUGUGGUACUUAA